UUUCUACUCGUGAUGACGCUAGCUAGCUUUGUAGUUCUGUAUCGUUUUGUAGUAUUUCGCUGCUUUUUAUCCAGGUUUUGCCACUUGUGGAAAUACCUCAAAUAAAUCCUCCAUGUCUGAAAAGCACAGGGCACUACCGCCAUGGAUGUCAAAGAAGGACAAGGACAAAGACAAAGUGAAAGAACCGUUAAAGUCUAAGAGGAAGCCGAAAGUAGCGAGGUCUGUUUUCUACUGUAUGAACGAGAAGGAGCUAGUAGAAGCUGCAGUGUCGUACCUUCUCACCAGCCGUACACAGACUGACCCCAAAACUACAGCCCAGACUGAGCAAGAUAGAGGGGAUCCUGGCUCUAAACAGGACCCAGCAGCAGAGGUAUCACUGGAGUCCUCAGACAGCGGAGAUGACCAGGACAGGACUUAUGUGUCCGAAUCAGACAUGGACAUUACAGAGGCGGAGACGUUGCCAUACCCCAUGAGCACAGAGGGUAACAAGGGAAGGGAAGUGCAGGACUGUAAGGAGGAAGGACAAAAUGUAAACAAAGAUGGAGUCUCACAGGCUGCGACUAAAGAUGAUAAGAAAGAGGAUGAUGCAUUCCAACUGGUGCGGGAAAUUUUCUUCACCUGAAUCUUGGACUGUUCAGAAGGACAACCAUAUUGCUAAACUUUGGCACUAAAAUUGUUUGUACCUGUUUUUGAAUAAGUUUUAAAUAUAUGUAGAGGGGUAUCAGUCUGGUCACCUCUCCCUUGAGGCUCAAACACAUCUGUCCAAUCAGAUAUGGUGGGGUUUUUUUCAGUGAAGCUGAAAUGAAGAACCACAUUGGUUGUAUUUCUCUCACUUCAGAUUUUAGUGCUUAAGAUUUAGUUUAGUGCUUCUCUCUUUGAUUCUGGAGUAAACCAAAAUGAUUUUCAGACCCCUGUGAUAUAGUUUUCCUUUCUAUUAUAAACAUAAGCAACCAUAUUUGUUUUGAUAAAGACAGAUCAUGCGUGUCCCUGAUUGACAAAUUCACCUGUCAGUCUUGUCUAUUUGACCUCGGCGGAGAUUCACUAGUGACCAGACUCACAUUUUUGUAAAGUGUUAGAGAAGUGUGUAUUCUGGAUCUCAAGCAACUAUAAGGCAGUUUUUGAAUGUUGUGUGCACUAAUGCUGCAUUUACAAUAAUAACACAUUUUCCAUAAAGUUUUAAUUUUUAUGUGUGAUAAAGAGACAAAUUCCAGAGUAA